GCAGCCGCAACAGUGAAAUAGUGGAAAUCGUGGCGGAAGUAGAAUUCUUCGAUAGAAUAAUUUACGUUCUUUAAUUUGAAAUAUAAUUAUGUUAAAACUUGCAAUAUUGCUUCUAUUAUUCGGCACCACAGCGCUCCUGUGGCAACAUGCUGAAGCGAAGCCAUUUCUUUUCUUGCCCCCGAAUUUCUUCGUUUUGACGACGAGAGCACCAUCCACUGACAGUACUUCAUCUUUAAGCUCAACAGCAUACUCCUCUUCAUCAACAUCUUCGGCAUUCGGUGGUAUUUUCCAAUUGCCGAUGAAUAUUAUAAGCCACAAGUUGAAUUUUAUAAAUAGUUUGCUAUCGAGUUUUAACGGUGGCGCUGGUGCGGGUGGCAAUAUUGGUGGCGGUGGUAAACUGGCUGCGAGUGGAAAGUUUGGCGGCAGUUUUGGAGUUGGUUUUAAAUUCAACGCAGGUACUACAACGCUUAGACCAAGAACAACCACCGAAGAAGCAAAUAUAGUUUUUUCGCCACAGUCUACAACAAAUAGUCCAAAAGCUACAACUGGCAAAACCAUUGAUAAUAGCCGCGACUCAACAAGCACAACAACUACAGAAAACUCAUUAGCUAGUUCAACAACAGAAAACUUGUUCGUUAGUUCAACAAUAGAAGCUUUGAGUAGCUCCACAACAAAACCAAAUGCAGAAGAUUUAAACAGUUCAAUGACAGAAAAUAGCACCUCCUCAUCAAAAUCGAUUGUAGAUAUUACGGCGGGUGUUACCAGCAAUGGGCCUACAUUAGUUGCAGAACAACCUGUGUUCACCGAAACAACAGAAAAGAUUACAAGUAAUUUCGUCAAAAGCACAGAGUCGCUUGUGAGCAGCACUGUUAAAUCGACGAUAACAUCAACAACAGAAAAAUAUUCUACCGACAUUGACUCCACCUCAGAGACAGUUUUCAGCUCCACAAUCGGUACUGUCAUCGAAGAUAAGCCAACAGUAGUUGCACAAACCCCAGCGAUUGUCACGGCAACCGAAAAAGUUGCCGAACCUGUCACCUUUACCACUGAGCGCAUUGAAAAUAACGGAAGCACUGACGCUUAUGUUGACCCCACAGAUAAGCCGGAAGCGGAAGUAACAGCGGCAUCCGUAUAUAGUGGGGAUAAAGACAACGAAACCGGUGGUUAUAACUAUGAAAAGCAUGAAGUGAGCAAUGGCGUGAGUGCGAAUGGUUAUGGCUAUCAGCAGCCACGUCCGGACUUGGAUAAUGAAAUUUUCCCCAGUAAACCAAGUAACAUGUAUUUACCCGUUCUAUAAGUAAGUUGAUACAGGAAGUGGUAAUAAGUUAGUACCGACUGUAGACCUAUAAUAUAAUGCAGUCACGUCUCGGGAUCAUUCCUGUUUGUCGUAGUAUUAAGUGUUAAACGACCGCAAAAAUUUAUGUAUAUAUACAUUAAUAAUAUUUUAAAGCUCUUAUGCAAGU